AUGCAGGGGAUGAAGUGGUUUAGCACCAUGUCCCUCGGCAGCAAAAGGAGUAGAAGGAGCACCAAUCGUCGCGGUGGAGGUGAAAGUGCGCUGCUCUCCCUGGCCCUUCUGGUGGCGGUGACGGCCAUGGUGGACCCCGUAGCAGCGCAGAAGCAGCGGGCGGGUGGUGGUUCGGAUAAAGUGCCGGUUCUGAACAUCGCUGUGAUCCUGGGGUGCACGCGCUACAUCUCAGACCAGGACAUUCGGGCGCUGUGGAGCAAAGAGGACCCUAUUGACGUCAACGUGGUCACACUGCUGGUCAACAAGACCGACCCCAAAAGCAUCAUCACCCACAUGUGUGACCUGAUGUCAGGGACCAAGAUCCAUGGCGUGGUGUUUGGGGAUGGCACUGACCAAGAGGCCAUUGCCCAGAUUUUGGAUUUUAUUUCCUCACAGACACUCAUACCCAUUUUGGGCAUCCAUGGAGGCUCGUCCAUGAUCAUGGCUGACAAGGAUGUGAAGUCGACAUUUUUCCAGUUCGGUGCUUCCAUCCAGCAGGAGGCUCUGUUAAUGCUGAACAUCAUGGAAGAGUAUGACUGGCAUGUGUUCUCAAUUGUCACGUCAAAGUUUCCUGGAUACCAAGAGUUCAUCAACAUCCUAAAAACUACAGUGGACAACAGUUUUGUGGGCUGGGACCUGCAGAAUAUCAUCACUCUGGAUGCCGUGGAGGAAGACAGCCGGUCUCAGAUUAUGCUGAAGAAGGUCCAGUCUCCAGUGGUCCUGCUUUACUGCUCUAAAGAUGAAGCGGUGUACAUUUUGGAGGAGGCUCGCUCUCUGGGCCUGACUGGAUUCGGUUACAUCUGGAUUGUACCGUCGCUCACGACGGGGAACCCCGAGAUAACACCGGAAGCAUUUCCAUCGGGGAUGAUUUCAGUGUCGUAUGACGACUGGGACUACCCGUUGGAGGCGCGCGUUCGUGACGGACUGGGGAUCAUAACGUCUGCCGCGGCAGCCAUGUUGGUGGAGUACGGUGACAUCCCAGAAGCCAAGACAUCCUGUUAUGGCCCGAUGGAAAAGACAUCAAAGCUCCCGCCUAGCGCACUACACAAGUACAUGAUGAACGUGACAUGGGAUGGCAGGGACUUGUCAUUCACAGAGGAUGGCUACCAAGAAUACCCAAAGCUUGUUGUCAUUGUUCUCAAUAAAGAGCGAGAGUGGGAAAAGAUGGGAAAACUUGACAAUCGCAGCCUGACACUAAAAUACCCAGUGUGGCCACGGUUCAACUCUUUUGGUGAUGCCGAACUUGACGACAACCACCUGUCCAUUGUCACCUUGGAGGAGAAACCCUUUGUUAUUGUGGAGGAUGUUGAAAGACUCACUGGUACCUGUAUGAGGAACUCUGUGCCCUGCAGGAAGCAUAUCAAAGACAACACAACUGAGGCUGGUGGAACAUAUAUCAAAAAGUGCUGCAAAGGCUUCUGCAUUGACAUUCUGAAGAAGAUUGCCAAGUACGUCAAAUUUACGUAUGACUUGUACCUGGUAACCAAUGGCAAGCAUGGCAAGAAAAUCAACAAUGUCUGGAAUGGGAUGGUGGGAGAGGUGGUCUAUAAGAAAGCCGUCAUGGCCGUCGGAUCUCUGACGAUCAAUGAGGAGCGUUCUGAGGUCAUCGAUUUCUCCGUCCCGUUCGUAGAAACUGGGAUCAGCGUCAUGGUCUCACGUAGUAAUGGAACUGUCUCGCCAUCAGCUUUUCUCGAGCCAUUCAGUGCAUCAGUGUGGGUGAUGAUGUUUGUGAUGCUCCUACUGGUGACUGCAAUGGCUGUCUUCAUGUUUGAGUACAUCAGUCCUCUUGGCUUUAACAGAAAUCUGGCACAAGGAAAAGAUCCCCACGGUCCUUCUUUUACCAUGGGCAAGGCCGUUUGGCUGCUGUGGGGUCUGGUCUUUAACAACUCUGUGCCAGUGCAAAACCCCAAAGGAACCACCAGCAAGUUCAUAGUGUCGGUGUGGGCCUUCUUUGCUGUCAUCUUCCUGGCCUCCUACACUGCUAACUUGGCUGCCUUCAUGAUUCAGGAGGAGUUUGUUGACCAAGUCACUGGGCUGUCAGACAACAAGUUUCAGAAUCCAUAUGCGUACUCUCCUCCGUUCCGCUUUGGGACAGUCCCAAAUGGAUCCACUGAAAGGAACAUCAGGAAGAACUACCCGGCCAUGCACCAGUACAUGGUGAAGUACCAUCAAACUGGUGUUGUGGACGCACUUGUCAGCCUCAAAUCAGGCAAACUGGAUGCCUUCAUUUAUGACGCUGCAGUGUUGAACUACAUGGCUGGGAGAGAUGAAGGGUGUAAGCUUGUGACCAUCGGCAGCGGGUACAUAUUUGCUACCACUGGUUAUGGCAUUGCUCUGCAGAAAGGUUCCUUCUGGAAGCGACAAGUGGAUCUGGCCAUCUUGGCUAUCAUCGGCGAUGGUGAAAUGGAAGAACUGGAGGCCCAGUGGCUGACAGGAAUCUGUCACAAUGAGAAGAACGAAGUCAUGUCAAGUCAGCUGGAUGUGGACAACAUGGCGGGGGUCUUCUACAUGCUGGCCACAGCAAUGGGACUCUCCCUCAUCACCUUUGUCUCGGAGCAUCUCUUCUACUGGAGGCUGAGAUACUGCUUCACCGGAGUCUGCUCUGGCAGGCCAGGGCUUCUUUUCUCCAUCAGCAGGGGAAUCUGGAGCUGUAUCCAUGGAGUACACAUUGACAUGAAGAAAAAGACAGACCUUGACUUCAGCCCCCAGGACAAAAUGCUUAAGCUCAUUAAGUCUGCGAAACAGAUGACCAACAUGUCUAACCUCAGUGGCUCCCGCAUGAACUCGCCUAAACGAGAAUUCAUGCACUCAGCUGGUCCAAUGAUCAUGGACAUGAUGGCAGAGAAAGGCAACUUUAUUUAUGCUGACAACAGAAGCUACGCUCCCAAAGAUAUGAUCUAUGGGGACACCGGUGACCUUCAGUCUUAUCUUGCAAAUCGCCACAAAGACCACCUCAACAACUAUAUUUUUCAAGGUGGGCAGCAUCCCCUGACCCUGAAUGAUGCCAAUCCAAAUACCGUGGAGGUAGCAGUGAGUGCUGACACAGUCCAAACAAAUGCAAAGUCUCAGCGAACCUUGUGGAAAAAGUCAACCGACACAUUGCGUUCUGUGCCACCGGGGCCUUCUCCGAUGCCUGACAUGCUAAUGCCCGAUCCACGAAUAUCCAUGAAGACACAGCGCUACCUCCCAGAAGACACAGCCCACUCCGACAUCUCUGACUGUUCAAGCAGGGGAGCCACCUACAAGGACCCAGAAAACAACAAGCACCUGAAACCCAAGGACAACUUAAAAAAAAGAUCCAUGACGUCAAAAUACCCUAGGGAUUGCAGUGAGGUGGAGCUGUCCUACUUAAAAACUAAGCAGGUCAGCGGUGGAACCAACCAAAGUGGGAGAGGAGGAGGAGGAGAGAAAAUCUACACAAUUGAUUCAGACAGGGAGAUGAGCCUCCAUUCAGAUCCCGUUCACUACCGUGAGAGUCAUGGUCUUGGAACAGAUGAUUUGGAUUACCCUGAAAUUUACUCUGACCACAGUGAUAACUAUAGAAAGUGUGAGCAGCCAAUCAUUCAUCUGAACUCCUCACCUAUGCAUCACACGGACUCAGAUCUUCUGCCAGACUCGGCUUACUCUAAACACUACAGCCUAAAAGAGAAAAAUAUCUCCCUGUCCCCUCAUGAAUCCAUUGACCGCUACAAACAGACACACUGCCGAUCCUGCCUGUCCAAAGUACCCUCUAGCUACCAACAAGGAGGGUCUUACGUUGCUACAGGAUCUGCCACAGCAUCUGGGACGCGAUCUCCAUACAAUCGAUGUGAUGCAUGCCUUCACACAGCCAAUUUGUAUGACAUUAGUGAGGACCAGCUUCUUGGUGAUCCCUUGGUUAGCCCCACCAUGCAUCACCAAGAGCAGCAGCAGCCAGACGAAAUGUUUGGUCUAUACUGGCCACAGACAGAUGGGCCACAUGUCCAAAAAAGAAACCGCUUGAGGCUAAAUCGUCAGCACUCCUUUGACAACAUCAUGCUCGAAAAGCCCAAGGAUGUAGACCCGGGCCGACCAGCACGCAGCGUCAGCCUCAAGGAGAAGGAUCGCUUUUUGGACUCAGCAUCUGACUCCCACUAUGCCAAUCUCUUUGGGAUGCGCCCUUACUCCGGCAGACUCUUUGGCACUGGGUCUAAAUCAAUGCUGUUUAACAAUAACCUUGAGGAAAGCAAGAGGAGCAAGUCCCUGUACCCAACCCAUGGCUCGGAAAACCCUUUCCUCAGUCACUCAUUGAGGGAUGAUACCAGCAGCAGACUGGUCCAUGGGCGUAGCUCCUCUGACAUUUACAAACAGCUGGCAGUAGGUUCUCCUUCAUUGGCCCUAGGAGCAGCUCCCAUCAAAACACGCAAUGAUGCGAACAAUCUUCGCUCUUCUGUUAAAUCCACCUCUUCAUACUGCUCAAGGGAUGGGCGGAUAGCUAAUGACAUGUACAAUAAAGAGCAUGUGAUGCCUUACUCAGCCAAUAAGACUAGUGCAUACCCAGCCUCAAGGGGUGUCCUAAACUCAGCCCAGUUCAGCAAUAGACGGGUGUAUAAGAAAAUCCCCAGUCUGGAGUCAGAUGUUUAGUUGAUAUAAGAAAUGUUUUCUCUCCCUCUAACUCCUCUCUGGGUUUGUAUUAUAAUUUAUCACUAUGUUGUCCACUAAGGGAUGUCAUAGCCACCUGACCAUUUUUCUUCUCUUUGACAUUGUGCUCAAAAAAGAACUUCUGGCCCACUUGGGACUAAUUGUAUUGCUCUUACUCUCUUUGCAGAUGAUAUCACCAUAUUUGCCCAUUGUCUCCCAUGUACCAAUCAGUUUAAUAUUUGAUCAGCACUCUGCUGUACGGUUUUAAAACAUAAUAGUGCCAUUUCUGGGAUUGGUGUAUUAGGUUUCUUUAUCGAAGAAUUCCUACUUUGGUAUUAGAAGAAGAGUGUAUUGUGCAGGUGUUGAUGAUGGUAGUGAUUUUUUUAAGGAGGAUUAAGAAACAGUGGAAAAGGAGAUAAUGCUUAUAAUGACCUCCUUCUUACCAUUUUUCUUUUCCACCUUCACUGACAAGCUCACUACGAGAAUGGGCCUGACAAGGAAACCAGAUGGGUGAACUAGACUUAUAGGCAUUCUGGGAAGGAAAAGGUGGAGUAGUGAGCUAGUCCAAUGGUCUGCUACUUGUUGCGCUAACAGAUGUACCUAUGACGACACCUGAGAGUGAAGGAGAACGCAAAGAGGAUAAAAAAGUGAGCAAAUCAGUGUAAUCAACUGGCUGUUUUUGUCAGUUACUGGUUGUGGUUUUCUACUUUUUACAACUAUGUCAGCAACACAAUAGUGAUGAGAACAAUGUAGGAAUAAUGUUUACAAACUGAAAGAAGGCAGACUGAGAAAAUGAUUUGUAUAGAGAAAAGACAAGAAUGGAAACUCUAGACAGCAGAGGGGCAUUUCAUUCUUGGCACUGCACAUAUAAAAUGAUUGCAAAGUCUUACUUUUUUAUUCUAUUCAGCUAUAAAAAUUAAAAAUCUAUGUAGAAUUUUAGUGUUUGCUUAUUUGGUAGCACAAUAGCAAUUAGUUUAAAAAGAAACUCUCUCCCACAUUUGCAUUUGAAAAAAAGGCAUAGCUUACUGAAAAAAAAUCAUCAGGAGUAGUAGGUUAUUUUGCAUGUGUUUAUUCUUUAUUCCUUCAAGACAAGAGAAAAUGCACACAAAUACUCAGUCAGACACAUAUUUAUCAUGUUUCUGAAAAGGGCAAAGUUAGAGGUGCUGGAUGGAUAUAGUACAACACAAACUUUGAUCUCUGAUCUUUAAACAUAAUAAACCUGUAAAGAUAAUUGUGGAAGAGAAUAAAGAUUAUAUAACAAAGAGGGAAAAGAUGACAUCUGUGUCCGCCAUCACCUCUUCUGUGGUGAGCACAGGGAUAAUUUUGUCUUUUGACAACUCUGCCACUGAAAACAGGGUAUUUAGCUAAAAAAAAAAGCUCUGAUGAUCCCUUCCUUCUUCCUUUCCUUCAUUUACAUGUCAUCAAUGGUGUGAUCUACAAUAAUUCACUUUUUUUUAUUUUAUUUAAGUCAAGUUUAUUCUCAGUUGGCUGAAAUAGGUAUUGACAGUCUAUUAGUAUUUAAAGGGCAUAUAUCAUCACUUUUAAAAGGAUUCAUUGUUAUUCGUUUUCAGCCGUGCAUGUCAUGAUAAUUCCAUUCAUUUCCAUGACAAAUAGAGCAAUAUGCAAAAAUAUUGUGAAAGACAAAAUGUUGGUCAAAAGUGGCUAAAGAGUAAUGAAGAUACGUUUGGAAUUCUGAACUCAGAAGCAUUGAUACCAAAGUUUACAGCUGAAAUGUUGGUUUGAGUUUUUUCCUGACUACGAAGGAAGUCAGAAAAAUGUUUUCUGAGCGAACUAGAUUAUACCGCUAACAAAUGGGGGUUUUAAAAGUACUCUGCAAAUCCAUUCUACAUGUAAUUCAACAUAGGAAGAAAAAAAAAGUCAAGAGUCGCAAUAAAUCUAAUUUUAAUAAAAUAACACUCUGGCAGCGUUCAGAUGGAAGUUCAAGUUAUUUUUUCUCCAUGUAAACAGUCAAUGGUUUCCUCAGAAAGUUUUCAAUACACAACAGUAAGACAAAAGUCAGGACGUUACUCCAAACAUACCAUACCAAACUCUUGAAGUUAUUAAGUUGUAGUUUAGCCUUAAAUGUCAUUUGACGCUAAUGUUGCGUAGGUGGUGGAUUAGAGGGAGGUAAAUAUACUGAUAUACAUUUAGAUUACAACUACAGUCAAACGCUCCCCCCUUCAUUUGGCUCAGUCAGGUAAAAAAAAAAACAAAUAAGUUGAAUAUGAAAAUAAGACGGGCAAGGGUGUUUAUUAAUUUAACAGAGUACAGAUAAAAAAGCAAAAAACACUGUAAAAGAAAGCAUGUUCUUGCAUAAAAACUUUUAUACUCAUUAACAAGAGCUAUGGCUGCCUUAGUGGUUUGACUGAUUUCUUUCCUAACUCUAGCAUUUAAAUAUGUUCUCUUGUCUCAGGUUUGGGGUGUGCCUUCCCUUGAAUGGAGAUUUUAAUUGUUUCAUAAACUUCAGGCAAAAAUGUUUACAACAUGAUCUUAAUGGCGAAAAUGCUCACUCCGUCAUUAUUCUGUGUUGCCAGUGCGUUCAAACGCACUAUUUGACAUGUUUUGAUAAGUAACCAGAGUUAAGUUUAUGGGUAGCAGUUGUUCUUUGGACACAGUUUAUCCUGUUGAUACAUUAUCAGAUGGUACUUCUUUUUGCUGUCAAUCACAUUCUCAAUUAGGUACUGUCAAUUUUGUAAAUUAGCCAAACUAAGCAUAAUUGGGCAGAGCUGAGACCACUAAAUGGUGGGAAUAUACUUCCCAUAUCCAUCCAUUGUCUUUAUCUGUUUAUCCUUGCAUGGUUGCAAGGGGCAGGUCAGCAAUUAUUGGGCGAGAAGCAUGGUACACCAGGUAGCCAGUCAAUCACAGGCCAACACAGGACAAACCAUAAUGCAUGCACACAUUUCCAAACCUGAGCUUAUUUUAGAGACUAGUUAACCUAGGAUUUGUGUUUUUGGACUGUGGGAAAAGGUCUGAGAAUCCUGGAGAACAUGCAGGUCCUGCUAGGCAACAGUGCUACCAGCUGUACCACCGGAAGGCCACUCCCAUGUUAUGUGUUGAAUAUGCAUCAAAAGGCACUAGUGGUAUAAAAAGACGUUUUGGUGAUUAUAAUGUCCUUUUAAAAUGUAUGAUUAUACUUUAGAUUUCAUAGGCUAUUCUAGAUUUUAUGGCUCACAAAUAUGAUUAUAUUUGCCCUUUAAACACUGUAGUCUUAAAGGAGAUUGUUCUCACAUUGUGAGUAAUUGAGAUAUCUUUAGGAAGAAGAAUUUUUAUAAAUGGAUCCCUUGUUUUCCUGUACACCAUUGUUUGGGUGGGUUGUGGGUUGGGGCUACUGGAUCCAAGGAGGCUCCACUGUUUUAUACUCAUCCAUCACAUAUCCAUCUGUUGGGAUUUAGUGUUAUCUGUGCAUGACAGAUCUUGGGCAAGCUUGAAAUAAUAACCAAAACAUUUUUUUGAGGUGGGGUGGGAUUAAUCUGAUUGUUUAUUUACAUGUUUUGAUAUUUGCAUAAAGAGACAUACGUGUAUAUACUUCCAUGUUCACUCGUGCCAAACUUUUUGUAGCAUAAAGCUGUACAAAUUGCACACUUUAGAAAAAAGACAACUCAUGAAAUCACCUUUGUUAAUUGAUUUGUUUGAUUGAUUGGAUCCACUAAGCCAAAUUGUAUCAAAUAAAAAUACCUCAGGAUGAUUCUGUGCAUUUUGGAGGAGCAGUAGCAACAGAACAAAAUGUGCCACAGAUUUUUGUAGAAAAUAUAUAAAAUAUAUUAUUUAAAAAGAAAAAAAAAACAUAAACAUGCUACAAUUUAUGGUGGCCACAACGCAGAAUGAAACUUUUCUCCUGUUUACUAUACCAGUCCAAGGUCUUCCAGUUUAGCUCUGUGUUGGAGCUCAUGCAACCUGAGAGAGAAAAGGAGGAAGAGGAGGGGAAGAAAUGGAAGGUGGUAGGGAGCUUAGAUGUUCUCAGCUCUACUUUUUUUUUCCAAACUGAGCACCCUUCACAGAAUGAAUUCUGAGAAGCUAUCCUCAUAUGGAAUAAUGGGAUUGUCCCUCCUCUCUGUACUUGACUGCAUUAGCCACUGUGUUUCAGCUGCUUGCUAUUUUUAACAACCUCUGUCAUAUCACUGUUUUUGAGAUACUACAGUGAACCUCUCCUUGCUCCCCAAACAGCGUAUCCCUGAUGUUGACUGAAACGCCCCCUUUUGCCCCUUUUUUUGCAUUUAUCUGCAUAUUUAUUAUGGUUAUUAUCAUAUUUAUCUCCACAUGCUGCCUGUGUGAGCUGUCAAGUGAACAAUAUGCACAUGGAAAAUAUCAACAACGCACCAUUUUGUUUCAUGGACUCACAACACUUUGUUGAGUUUGUUCAACUUUUGCAGAACCAUCCAGUAAGCUGAUGCCGUCUUACGUUCGAACACGCACCCAAACACCCUGCCCUUGUGAUGACAACCCUGCUCUUUUUAAAUGACAAAAAAUGUAUUUUAAUUACAUUUAAUGAUAACUAAUGAGGUGAUGGCAUGCAACCCCAAGAUGUAAUAAGUUUGUUUUUACGUUUCUCUUUUUUGUUCAUUUUGUUUGUUUAUUUUGGUUAUGAUGUUAUAAUCACUAAUGCGUUGUAACCAGAUGUGAGUAUAUACAUAUUUGAGAGAAGAAAAAAAAAAUAUAUAUAUAUAUCUGUGUUUAACACAAUGAAGAUGCUGCUGUUUUGAGGAAGAAGGCGAGGAACUGACCCCUCUCUGCGGCCCUCCCCCGUACUGGCAGACUGGUUGUUAUCAGGCCAUGUUUUGUCCAGUGAUAUAACAGGUUGCAUGGGUAGGGGGGACGGGAAGUUGGGGGUUCAGGCUUGGGAUGAUGGGACAUCCUCGCUCUUUCUCUGAAGGCAGGUGAGAAAUAUUGUAUCACCAGCUCUGCUUCUCUCUUACGUCUCCUUCAUGUGUGUCAGGACUUCAACUCUAAAGAAGAAGAAGAAAAAAAAGCAACCCUCAACUUUGAGUCUGCUAUCCCUCCAAAGAUACAAGACCUCUUUCU